AUGGAUUCUUUGAAACCUCGAACUGAUGGUGGUAGUCGUGCACACACCACUUCUGCCUUUGACUUUCAAAGCUCCAGUUUAAGUGUCGCUGCAAAGACCAUGCAGAGAGAGUUAAAGAAACUUGUGAAUCAAACUGAUGCUCAGCACCGACGUGCUUUUCAAAAUGAAAUGGACAACUUUUACUACUUGUUCACUCGAUAUUUGGGUGAGAAUAAAGGUGCCAAACUCGACUGGGGCAAAGUAAAGGAGCCAAGUCCAGAACAAAUCAUUCCAUACGAUUCGAUACCUCAAUGUGAAGACCCCGUACAUCUCGACAAAUUGGCUGUCCUGAAACUGAACGGUGGACUGGGCACAACCAUGGGAUGUGUUGGUCCAAAAAGUGCUAUUGAAGUGAGAAACGGAAUGACAUUCUUGGAUUUAAGUGUUAGGCAGAUCGAGUUUCUCAAUUCAAAACAUAAUGUCGACGUACCAUUUAUACUCAUGAAUUCAUUCAACACUGACGAAGAAACCAAACGUAUCAUUCAAAAAUACGAAGCACAUAAAAUUAACAUCAAGACCUUUAAUCAAUCCCGAUAUCCCCGGAUCAACAAAGAAUCAUUGCAACCUGUGCCUCGUUCUCCUGAUUCGGACAUUAGUCAAUGGUAUCCACCGGGUCACGGAGACUUGUUCGAUUCAUUAUAUAAUUCUGGCUUAUUAGACCAACUGAUUGCUGAAGGAAAAGAAUAUCUUUUUGUAUCGAACGUGGAUAAUUUGGGAGCCGUAGUUGAUUCAAGAAUACUUCAACACAUGGUAGAAACGAAUGCAGAGUUCAUUAUGGAAGUAACCGAUAAAACAAAGGCCGAUAUCAAAGGUGGUACUCUGAUCAACUAUGACGGAAUAGUGAGGUUACUUGAAGUGGCACAAGUUCCACCGGAACACAUUCAAGACUUCAAAUCUAUUAAAAAAUUCAGAAUUUUCAACACAAACAAUCUAUGGAUGAAUUUAAAAGCGAUCAAACGUGUGAUCGAAGAUCGAGAACUCGCACUCGAAGUUAUCGUCAACGAGAAAAGAAUGGAAUCUGGUGAAGUAGUAAUUCAAUUAGAAACUGCUGUUGGUGCCGCCAUCAAACAUUUCAAGAAUGCACACGGUGUCAAUGUUUCAAGAAAUCGUUUCUUACCUGUAAAGUCCACUUCUGAUCUUUUCCUUGUCACGUCGGAUUUAUAUUCGUUGAAUCAUGGUGAACUGGUGAUGAAUCCUAAACGUUUGUUCCAAACGGUUCCGUUGGUGAAAUUGGGAGACGAAUUUAAAAAGGUCGCCAAUUUUUUAUCACGAUUUCAAUCCAUUCCGCAUAUUCUCGAGCUCGAUCAUUUGACGGUCACUGGAGAUGUUACCUUUGGUGCUCAUGUCCAGUUAAAAGGCACGGUUAUCAUCGUGGCAAAUCACGGUGCCAGAAUCGAUAUUCCACCCGGUUCCAUUUUGGAGAAUAAAGUAUUAUCAGGGAAUUUACGUUUACUUGAUCAUUGA